AUUAUCGUGUAACCACGCUUUUCUACCAUCAAAAUGCCAAGGACCAAGCGGAACAGAGCGGUGAACAAGCACGAAGAGCGCGACGCAGCAAUAAAGACCUUCGAGAAACACGCACAGCUCCGUAUCGCCAAGAUAGAGCGCGACGCCCUGGCGGACCUCAAGGGUUUCGAGGCCUACUUCGAGGUUAUAGUUUCCCGCCUACCAGAGGGAAUUCGUCAGAUGACAUUAGGCGAGUUGAUUAACUGGGACAAUCGCGAUAAUCAGAAAGAGAAUUGCGAUGAGGUGAGCUCGUCGGUCAAGGAUCUUCACAUGCAACCACCCGCUGUCCCGAAGUCGAAAAAAGUGACAAAGGCCGCUAAACGUGCCGCCACUGCCGCAUCCGAUGACGGUUACGCGACCGAAAGUACCAGUGUGGGCAGUAUGUCACGGACUACUAAAGCACGAGCGACAUCAACUAUAAGGACGCGCAGUUUUACAAACAGAGUCAACCUUAGCGAAAUUAAUCAGAAAACUGCAACACCAGCGAUGUUGAAGCCUAUAGACAAUGUAUAUAAUGUGGUUACACCAAAGGUCAAACCUAACACACCAUUGAAUGUGCUGAGGCGCCCACGUCAAGGAGAGAUGGUUCUCAGCAUGCAGGGUAGCCCACUGUUGGUCUCUGCUGUUGUCGAGGAAAAGAUUGCUAAUAUUAAUGUACCUUUGGCUGAUGGCAAUCUAAUGUCCUUGUUGCCUCAAGAGGGAUUACGUAUGUCAAAUAUUCCUCCUCUAGAUCCUGAGACAGUACAACAAUUAAAGACUCUGAAGAAUCACAUUGAGAAAGUUAUUGCAUUCAAGUAGUAACAAACAUUUGUAAAUCUAGAGUACUAUAUAGUGUAAGAUAAUGAAUUAUACAUAUGUCGUAAAAUAUUUUUAUACUUUUA